AUGGCUCACGCAGCGUCGUCGCGCACAGCGAUGAACACCUUGAACAGAUUCUACACUCCGCGAGCCAAGCUCUCCGUUUUCGAACUCUUUCUUCUGAGUGCCCCCACCAAAGCGGUCGACGCGUUCUUCGCAAGGUGGACACCCGAUCUCGUCGUGAGGCUCAGACAGCUAAGCUCCUCAAUGCUGCUAGCCACCGAGGCAUACUCAUCGCGUCGUUGGAACGCCAGAACCUUCUUGUCGCACUGGUUUGAAGAGCCCUCUGAGUUCCUGAUCACCUUGGAAGAUUGUGACGGCGUCAUCUCUGGGUCGGAGGCACAGCAAUUCUUCGGACGAUGCGAGUUCCGCGGCCACGAUCUGGAUAUCUAUGUGCCGCUGCAUGGACUGUUGGAUAUGGGUCGAUAUCUGAAGCUGGCAGGUUUCGCUUAUCAACCGACGACCAACAGACAUCCCCUCUUUGACGUCGCUGCCCUGAUGUUUUCGUCUCAUGUCGGCCAGGUCCCCGCCUCUUUACGCCACGGGGGCCCUCACAAGCCCGCUGCGUUCGGCGCAUUCAACUUCGUCCGUUUCCCCGGAGUUCUUGGUCCGCAGGGACGGCACAUUCAAAUCAUUGCCGUGUCGGACGACCCUAUCCACUUCAUCAUCAACAGUUUCCAUUCUACUGGCGUGAUGAACUACCUCACAGCCAACCAUGCCGUCUGCCUCUUCCCCAAUACGACCUUCGUGGAACGUAAGACGCUUGUCUGCCAGGACACGACGCGAAACUCGCUUGUACAUCGCUCGUGGAUGAAGAAGUAUAGAAAGCGCGGCUUCACUGUCAUCACUGCUGGUGAUGUGCUACCGCCUUCUCCGGAGUUGCAUGAGUGGAGGCGUCGUGUAGGCGACAGUUUCACCUGGGUUAUACCCUUUCAAGCUUCCAGCUUGCCCAUCAUCGAGUCCGAGGACUCGGGCCCGGGUCCGAUCUACAAGGUAGCCUUCGAGGUCUUGCCGUAUACGUCCGGAGUGGCAGCUCCUGGAGCGGCCUUGCGAGUCGGGCCUCGUUUCGUGUAUAGUUCCAUGGCCAUGAUCGCAAACCCUGCUGUCGAAUUUGGGGCCCACUACUUCUCUUCUGAGGUCGCCGCCGCAUUCCUCGAAUAUUUCGCCGAUGACGACGACCCGCCUACUGAUACCGAUGAGAGCGAAGAGGAGUUGGCCACGGACGACGAGGACGCCGCAGCCGCGAACCUCGCGGGCGAGGAUUUCCAACCCGAGGGCAGCACCAGCGAGGACGAGGAGAACGAGGUUGCGGGAAAUCAUGGAAGCGAGGUCGCGGAGAUGACCGACUCCGAGGACGGGGUCGUGGAGGCGGGCGACGCGGAGGCGGGCGACGCGGAGGAUGGGAUUGUGGAGGCGGACGACGCGGAGGAUGGGGUCGUGGAGGCGGGCGACGCGGAGGCUGGACUUGCGGACGCGGGCGAUGUCGAGGGUGAGGUCGUGGAGGCGGGCAACGGUGACGAGCAUGAAGAAGAGCAGGAACAGGAGAUCGAGGAGGGGGAGAUCGUCGAGGAGAUGGAGCUUGAGGAAGGUGAGAUCGUCGAGUAG